UUAUGCGCAGAUGCAUGCGUGAAUUAUUCCAAGGGGAGGGGAGGGGGCUAUUUUCAAGUUAAAAAUAUAUUGAGUAUGGUUGAUUUAUGACUCAUACAAGGAUGCCUUGUAUAGAAAGAUAACAUAGCUACCGAAACAGUUAUGGGAGAAAUAGAGAUAGCACAAAGUUUAAGGAUACAACAUAAGAUUGAUAGGCUGCGAAAACAAGAUAUUCAGUUGCAGGAUAUUGAAUUAGUUCUUCAAAGGGAGAAAGAAAGGCUCCUGAAUGAAUACAGACUAGUCUACCUAGAUCAUCCACAGUGGAAACGGGAGAAAACAUUCCAUGCCUCUGGAGGGAACAGACAAGAUGCAGUGCUUGAACUCUUGAGAGAAAUUCAUCAACAAAAAAAAGAGAAGCAGAUACUAAUAUGUCAAACAGCUGAGAAAAGAUCCAAGAAAGAGAUUGUGGAGAUAAAAAAUGCUAUUCAUGAUAAUACAGGAAACAACAAAUCAAUUUUGUCUCAGUGGUACACUUAUAUGUCAAGUAAACCCCAAGGUGAUGGAUGUAAGAGGGAAGGGAAACAGCUUUGUAUUGAAGACAGCUUGUUCUAUAAUAUCAGCUAUCAAAACAGAGGAAAUAAUGAAGUAAAGAAUACGUUAACUGACAACUUUACACCCAGGGCAAGCCUGUUUGUGUCUCACCAUCACCCAUGGCUGACAGGUGACCGUCAGGAGAUGCUGUCAUUCAGUACACGGCACUGCGGAGUGUGUGUCUAUGUGUUGAUUACUAGGACAGUCAGGACUGAAGACACAGAUAGGAACCAGCAAACCGAGCAUAACUCCACGAAACAAGUCUACAUGAUCCAGACCGACCCACAAGUGGCCAGUAUAGAGAAGCGUGGAAGAACUUAUAUCCAGUCCAGCAGAAACCCAGAAGAACUUAUCCGUGAUUUAAUAUGGACGUUUAUUGACUCUGUCGUCGCACUGGAAUGAGCUGUUUGCAGUACGUUAAAGUAUCAGCGUUAAAAAAACAGGAUUUGCCUUUA